CCUCGCUUGCCGUAGCAAACGAGGAGCGGAAACCUUGCAGACAUGGCGUAAGCAGCUAGCCUGCUAGCCAUUUGCGGCUGUUUGUCACCGUAAGAAAAUGAUCAGUAAAAAGUAACGUUUUGUGUGUCGCUAGGCGAGGAUGUGGCUAGAUAAUGGGAAACGUCUUUGGGAGAAAGAGCCGAUCCUCUCGUGUAACGGAGCAAGACAAAGCCAUUCUGCAACUGAAGCAGCAGCGAGAUAAGCUUAAACAGUAUCAAAAGAGAAUCACCUUACAGCUGGAGAAGGAAAGACUGCUGGCUAAGCAGCUGCUGAAAGAUGGCAAGAAACAAAAAGCACUGCUGCUUCUUAAGAAAAAACGCUACCAGGAUCAGCUACUAGAAAAGACCGAGGGUCAGAUUUCAAACCUAGAGCACAUGGUUCAAGAUAUUGAGUUCAUGCAAAUCGAGAUGAAAGUCAUCGAGGGGCUUAAGAUUGGCAAUGAAUGCCUGAAAAGCAUGCACGAGAUCAUGUCAAUAGAAGAUGUGGAAAAAAUCCUGGAUGAGACCCAAGAAUCAAUUGAAUAUCAAAGGCAAAUAGAUGAAAUGUUGGCUGGAGCCCUGACACAGGAGGAUGAAGAUGCAGUUUUAGCAGAAUUAGAAGCUAUCACUCAGGGAGAAGAUGUAGCACUUCCAGAGGUUCCCACUGAGCCUAUACCAGAGAUACCGGAAGCUGCAAAGGAUGAAUCAGAGAGAAAAGAAGAAAGGAAGAAGACGCAGCAAAGAGAUAUGCUGGCAGCGUGACAGCAUUUCUGAUUGAUAUCCAGUGCUGAUCUGCGAAAAAAAAGUCCUUUUAAUUUCGUGAGGACGGGAUGAUCUGUAUCCAAUAGAGACUUUUCACACGGUUUACCGGAGCAGCAUUGUGAAGCCGCAACAUGAAGUGAAAUAUUGCAUUUCUGUCUUGUUUGAUUUGGAAUAGUGUUUCAUAGUUAACGUGCUGGUUAAGGCAUUUUUGGAAAACGAGGGGAUUUUUAGAUGUUUUAAAAUAAUCUCAAAAGUCAAAAGGUUUUACAUAUUAAACUAAGCUGUAGAACAAA